AUGUACUAUCAAUUACGACGCGGUAGUAGACAGAAACAAAGUCCUAUAAGAAUAUCGUUUAAAAGAUAUUCUAAAAUAUGGAGACUGAUUACUGCAAGUUUUAUGAAAACUAUCAAUUUCGCUAUCAGCUUUCCAAUAGUUAUAUUAUUAUUCCUUAUCAUACCAAUCACUCUUGUGUUCAAAUGGAUCGUGUCUUUGGCUCAUAGAAUUGCUUGUCUAGGAGUUUUAGGAAACGUAAUGACAAACAAUGAAAUUCGUUGGUUGGGUGGUUCUUGGCGUCAUUCUACCGUGUUUGCAAUUUUCAUUCUUGACAACGAAAUGGAAUUACAAUUUUUACAACAACUCGUCGUGAAAAAAGUAUUACCACAGUGUCCACGAUUAACUGAAAAACCUGUAAUCCUGACAAAUCUAUUUGGGAAUUCGUAUUAUUGGAUGUCUGAUCGUAAUUCAUUCGAUAUUAACCAACACGUGUUCAAAUCGUGUGAAAACACAAUGGAAAAACAUGAGCUUCAAAAAUAUAUUGGGGAAUUAGUUUCUGGAGGUUUAUCAAUAGACAAACCACCUUGGGAAUUGCAUUUGUUGUCUCAACGUGAUGAAGUGAUGCCGGGAAAACGGGAUGCAGUGAUGGUAUUUCUUGCUCACCGGUGUUUAUCAGAUUGGAUUUCUUUGGCUAAAUUAUUGUGCACUUGUUUAUCAGAUACAAAACCAUACUACCAUACUUCAGAAAAUCCAACAAAAAUUCGAUAUUGGACAAGUGUAGCAAGAACUAUAAUGACUGGACCUGCAGAAAUAUUAUGGAAAAUGAUUACCCCGAUCGACGAUAAUAACAUAGUGACUCCUGAUCCGCUAUCGUUAAAUUAUAACAUAAGUUGGUCUUGUUUUCAAGGUACUCUAUCUAAAGUAAACCGAAUUAAUCAAGUGACUAAAACUCCAAAUAGUUAUGUGGUUUUGUCAGCUAUUGCCGGAUCGUUGCAUGUCAUGAUGAAAGUUAUUGGACUACGACAACUCGACAACAUGAAUAUUGUUUACCCUGUGCAAACAGGGAACACUGAUCACUCGUCACCAGUUCUCAUUCGUUUACCAAUAGGUAUUGAAGGUGCCAUACCAAGAUUGUGGUUUACUAAAAAAGCAAUGCAAAAUAUGUAUCGAUCGGAUCAAACCUUACUGCCAGCAAUAGUUUCUUUAUUAAUGCCACUCCAUUCUUCGGGGACCAGAACACUGUUAUCUGGACUCACAGACAAUUUGGCAUGUCUACAGUUUAGCUGGGUCUCUGGCCCAAGGUCAAGAAUUAUAAUCAAAGGAUCUCCAUUAAAAACAGUUUACUCUGUACUGCCGUCUCAACAGACAAUUGGCGUUUCAGUUUCAGUAUUUACAUACACUGAUGAUAUAUUUAUUAGUGUUAGUGCAGACAGUGCGAUUGGUGAAGGAUUUGGUGAAACUUUAUUGCUCAACAUAAAACGUCAAAUUGACCAGAUGUACGAGCUAUUAAGAUACAGAAGAAUACCAAAGGAUUUAAAGAGCAAUUUUUUAAUAUCAAAUAAUUUUAAAGAUUUAUCAUUAAUAGAUAUUGAAGGGCUUAUAGGGAAAAUGAAAGAUGUUCAGUUACAACUACAAAUGGCUAAAGAACUAGGCGUUUAUAACGAUGACGGAAUAAGACAUGUAAAUCAGUUAAAAGGCGAAUACUCGAUUUUACUUCGAGAAUUACGUAAAAGGAAACACAAAAAUAAAAGGCAUAUUUUACAGAAAAUGUUGGGAUGUUCAAAUCCAUUUAAGUCCAAGUUAAGUUGUGAAAAAGAAGAAAUAAGGUUAGUACAAUCUACAAGAAAAUUACAAGAAGCAACUAAUAUAUUUGUCGCACAAUCUGCUCAAGAUUACCGUCCUAAAAUACAUAUUUGUAAGAGUACUGUUUAUGCUAAAGACAAUUUUUUAGGAUUACCUAGGGAACAACUGCUCACUCAGAUCUAAAUGGUGUUUCAGUUUUUGAAUUAUCCUAUGUAUAGGGUUGAACAUCUUUUAAUCUGUGCUUCCUUAGCUCAGAUAUUUCUUCUUGAAUUGAAGGGCUAACUCUUUAAAAGACUUAACUAACUUACUUUUGAGUUCUUACCAUUAUAUGGUGUAAAACGUAUUUCUAUAAAUUGUUCAAAUCAUUUAAUAGCAUAUUGUCAGCUAAUAAAGAUAUAUGUAAUUUUAUGGCACAAAUUCCUCACAAAUUGUAGAUAUAAUUGUAUUAGUUGUAUAAAUAUGCACAUAAAAUUUAGAUUAUUUUUCAAUAAAUUUUAAAUUGUAAUGAUUGCAUAGUCAUGAUAUGCUAUCUUAUUAGUGCAUGAAAAACAAUUAUAUAAAA